AUGAAAAAGACCGCCUUUUGCAUUGCAUUACAAUUGCUUUCGACUGUUUCUAGCGCAUCAUUAAUAAAUGACAUCACUACAAGAUAUCAUGUUGAUGUAAUGAGAAACGACAAGAAGGAAAGAGAGAGAUUGACCAAUGAAUGGUCUGGAGAUUUGUGCAUGUUCCAAAUUGGUAUCGCUAGAAACUCAUUAUCACUUAAAAAUGUCUGUCAAAGGAAAGAAGAUUAAUACUAUUUCAAUGAUAAGCUUGAAAACAGCAUAACAAAAACGGAUGAAAACCUAGGAAUAGAACUCGAAAUAGAUCACAGAGACCAUAAAAAUAGUUUGGUUGAACUAUAGCUCCUAAGACUAAGAGAUGGUUCAAGACCUCAUAAAGGUUAAAGAAGGCAUGAGGAAUAUCAUGAUCCUAGACUGACUUUUGGAAUCCAUUUAAAGAAUGGACAUGAUCUCUCUCUAAGAGUAAGUUUCCGCAAAGACGAUCAAAUAUGGGAGCAUGAUCAUCAUAUUGAGGACAAUGGGGAUUUAUACUUCAAAACCCCUCAUUUAUAUUCCUUUGAAUGGUACAAAGAUGAUUCCUUCAAAAUUAGAAUAGAUAACUAAGUCGUAGACAAAGGCUCUAUUUCAUAGAAAUUUUCUAGCAAGGAGUUUAGAUAGGCAGGAUGUGGCUCAAACAAAGACAUGCAACUUCCAAAUAAUCUUUACUACAAUAUUAACUACACUUUAGUUCGGGAACUGAAUACUAUGCCUAGAUUUAUUGGCAGUGAUAAGAAAUAGAUCAAUGAAGAAUACAUAUACAAAAGAAUUUUGGCUGAGAAGACAAUGAGAAAUGAAAACUACAAAGAACUACCUAAAGUUGAAAAUAAGCUAAGUCCAAAGUAAUCAAAUGAUCUUGGAGAUACAGUAUCGUCCAUUGGCUUCCGUAUGAAUUCAGAUGGAGGUGAAAUUCAUAUAAGUAGAAUCCUUAUUGGAGAAAUUAAAGAAGAAACUAAGUACAGAAAUUGA